AUGUCAUCAUCCGUGUUUAUCUUCGGCGCCAGUGGCUACAUUGGUCUUGGUGUAGCUCUGGCCAUGCGUCGUGCUGGUUAUCGGGUCUAUGGAAUGAUUCGCAAUGCGAAACACUCUGCUAAAUUAAUACAAAAUGAGAUUGAACCUAUUGUAGCCUCGUCAUUCGACGAAGUUCAACAAGUUGCUGACAUUCUUGCCUCAUGCUCGAUUAUUAUUGAUGCUGUCGGAUUCAAUCAAAAACUGUCACCUAUACUUUUGGAAGCAGCUCUUCGCGCCGGAAAUGAUCGAACGCAAAAUGGAAAAGUAGCACAAUAUGCUCCACUUUUUAUCUUCACUUCAGGCAUUAUGACUUACGGUGACACAUCUCCAACGGGUCGUCGUCCGGUCGAUGAAACAAUCAAGCCACGGCUUCAAGUAAUGAAAAGUCGCAGCAGUUCCUCGUCGGCCGAUGUAACGAACAUGAAGGAACGCGAAGACUAUGAGAAUCAAGUCUUGGCCAGCUCUUGUGCCUCGCUCAAGACUACAGUUAUACGACCUGGCUUCGUCUAUGGUGGUCAAGGUGGUUUUGUGGCCGAUCUGUUCUAUUCAGAACCUCUAGUUAUUCAAGGACGAAGAGAUAUGCGUUGGAGUUGGGUUCACGUCGAUGAUCUAGCUGAAGGCUAUGUCGCUGUAGGACGCGCUCCACGCAGCGUUGUCGACGGACAACUAUACAAUCUUGCCGCUCCAAACGAUAAUCCCACGUAUGAAGAAUUGCGAACUGCAAUGGCUAAAGCUCAGGGUCGAAAAGAAAAUAUUAAGUACAAGGAAGCUGAGGCUGAUGUACCAUCGCGAUGGGAUACGGAUUCGAUUAUCAAUCCAGCCAAGGCUAUGAACGAGUUAGGCUGGCGACCAAGACAUGUGGGUUUUGUCGAGGAAAUCGAGACGUAUUAUAAGGCAUGGGCAGCUCACAAAGUUACUCAAGAGACAACCAAGUAG